UUUGUCGAAUGUUGUGAAGUGAAUGUUGAGGGGAAGUGGGUGAAAGGUCGGCGCAGGAGUGUGUGUUUCUGUCCGCAGUGAAUCUCUCAAACGGUCACGAACUCAAUCAUGUCUCUCCUGAGAGGUGUGUUCAUCGUCUCUGCUAAGAGGACACCGUUCGGCACGUAUGGAGGAGUUCUGAAGGAGCACAGCGCCACGGAUCUGGCCGAACACGCCGCUAAAGCUGCUCUCGCCGCGGGGAACGUGGCUCCUGAGCUGGUCAACAGUGUCAUCAUGGGAAACGUCAUGCAGAGCUCUGCUGACGCCCCGUACAUCGCACGUCACGUGGGACUGCGGUGCGGCGUUCCCAUCCCAGUGCCAGCGCUGGCCGUCAACCGCCUCUGCGGCUCCGGGUUCCAGGCCAUAAUCAACGGAGCACAGGAGAUCUGUCUUAAAGAGUCAGAGGUGGUUUUGUGUGGAGGCUCAGAGAGCAUGAGCCAAGCGCCUUACGCCGUCAGGAACAUCCGCUUCGGCACCAAGUUUGGAGUGGAUUUGAAGCUGGAAGACACGCUGUGGGCAGGACUGACAGAUCUGAACAUAAAGCUGCCCAUGGGCAUCACCGCAGAGAACCUGGCAGAGAAAUACCAGAUCAGCCGCGAGGACUGUGACCAGUACGCAUAUCAGACCCAGCAGAGGUGGAAGACAGCUCAUGAGGCUGGAUACUACAACGCUGAGAUCGCUCCCAUUGAUGUGAAGGCCAAGAAAGGGAAAGUGUCCAUGACGUGUGAUGAACAUCCUCGUCCUCAGACCACACUGGAGCAGAUGGCAAAGCUGCCCACCGUCUUCAAGAAAGGAGGCACCGUCACUGCAGCCAAUGCUUCGGGCGUGUCUGAUGGGGCUGCUGCUGUGGUCAUAGCCAGUGAGGAUGCACUGAAGGCUCACAAACUCACCCCAUUGGCUAGAAUCGUGGCCUAUCAUACCUCAGGCUGUGAUCCCAGCAUCAUGGGCAUUGGGCCUGUACCUGCCGUCACAGAAGCCCUGAAGAAGGCUGGUCUUUCACUCAAAGACAUGGAUCUGGUGGAGGUCAAUGAAGCGUUUGCUCCUCAGUAUCUGGCUGUGGCUAAAGCUUUGGGCUUGGACCCUGCAAAGACUAACGUGAACGGAGGAGCCAUCGCCAUUGGACAUCCUCUCGGGGCUUCUGGGACGAGAAUCACUGCGCACCUCGUUCAUGAGCUCAGGAGACGCGGUGGAAAGUAUGCGGUCGGCUCUGCCUGCAUCGGUGGAGGUCAGGGCAUCGCCGUCAUCCUGGAAAACACAAACUGAGAGAAACUAACACACACAUGCUGAGGAGACUCACUGCGAACAAAUAAAGUCAAAUUCAAAACCUAAUUCACACCGUCCCAAAAUCUGAAGCAAAAGAUUCCGUCCACACAUGUGGAGUAAUAACGGUUUAUUUUGCACAUGAUGAUUGUUCCUUUAAAUAUCCCCACCUAUGAUGGCAUGUUUAGAUGUUUGGUGCCUUAUUUUUUUCUCUGUGCCUGAUCUAACAUAAGCUGUGUUCCAGAAAUGUAAUAUUCGUCAUCGUGAUUCAGCUCCAUGUCACUGAUGACACUCUUGAUGUGGACUUGAAAAUGGUUUUGUAUGAUGAUAAAUUGUUGGGAGUGAAUUCUUGUCAGAUUCAAUCAGCUGAGCUCUGACUGUUCUUCUCAUCAAUAAAGAAUGAGCUGAAAAACAC